GGUUAGUUAGAUAUAAUAAUCUAACAUAUGAAACCUGAUCCCUGCUAAACAUUAUCAAAUGCCCAAUAAAAUAACGCAGAAAUAUUAUUUUAAUAAAUAGUUUUCAUUCAAAUGUUGCAGGUAGUGCCCACGGAUCCGUUGUGUGAAAGAGAUCAAUUGUAAGUUGCAAAAAAUAUAUAUUUUUUACACUACUGAAAAUACACACUUCAUUUUGGAUAUUAUAUAUAUCAAUAAAAGCGUGUUGCUUUCAGAUGCAUGGAUUUUGCAGGAGAACAGGGCUGGUUUGUCUGGUUCUGUUUGGUGCUGUUCGCAGUGCUGGCUCUGGGCUCACUUGUCCUCUGCUGUCAUCGGAGCUGGCUAACUCGGCACAACCGUCUCGUCUCAGCACGGACCCUCGCAGUCCUGGCACUGAACCACCCUGAUCCUGUCUACGUGAGUGAAUCUUCCCAGUGUCAGUUUCUUGGGAAUCAGAGGCCCUGCCAUUCUGCAGGGGCCCCCAGCACAUCUCCGCCAGCCUACUUCAACACACUAGGACCAGAGCCUCCACCCCCACCUCCGUAUGAAGAGGCCAUUAAAACAAGAGGAUUCUAGCAGGAACGACCCUGGCAGAAGACCAAAGGCAAGAUAACGCAGCUGGAUUGAAUGCAGGGAUAAUGUUAAAUAUGUAAUAGAUACUGUAUAUAACAAUAUAACUUCCAGAACCCAAUUUCCAUUUCAAUGUAUUGCAAUGGAUUUUAUUUAUAUAGCGCCUUUCAUAGCACAGUACCUCAAAGUGCUUGAUGUGUCGGUUAAAACAGAAAGUCGUCUUCCAUAUCAAGACGUAGCA